CCUACCACUGAGAGAGCAUUGCCUGUCUCUGAGCCAUGGCACCCAGCAUGAUCAUUCCUGAACCAACCGCCCACAGCUACCAGCCCAAGCCUGGCAAGAAAAGCAAAGAAGCCAGCGAGCUGAGGAAGACCCUCAAACCUUUGAUGGAAAAGCGAAGGAGAGCUAGAAUAAACGAAAGCCUGAACCAGCUGAAAACACUGAUCUUGCCUCUUAUUGGAAAAGAUAAUUCCAGAUAUUCCAAGCUAGAAAAAGCUGACAUUUUGGAGAUGACUGUACGCUUCCUGAAGGACAUCCCUCCUGUUUCCUGUUCAGACUCUACAGAGAAAUACAGAGAAGGGUACAGAGCUUGCCUAGAUCGUCUUAGCGGCAUCCUUGGCAAAACCAAUGUAAUUGCUGAAGAAACCAGAAACCUUCUCCUGGACCACCUGCAGAAAAGUCCUGAACUCUGCUGCUUGGACUGCACAAAAUCCCCAAACCCCAAGCAGAACAGUUCCAGAAUCAUCCUCCAUCUCAGCCCCAGAAGAUCAGACUUCUGCUCUUCCCCCAGCCAGCCACCUGCACAAAGGCCUGCCCCCAGCCCACCACAGUUUAACAGCGCCAUCUGGAGGCCAUGGUGAAACCACAAAACAGAGACUUAAAAAAAAAUCAAAACAAAAC